AUAUAACACCUUAAAAAAGAAGGCUAUACUGAUGUAUUUUUUUAGAUAUAUAUAUAUAUGAUUACUUUCUAAAAUUCUAAAUAUUAUUUAUUCACAUUCAUUAACAGGGAAAUAAGACUAUUAAGGAUAUUAAAACAUAAGAAUGUAAUUAACCUUGUAGAUGUUUUGUAUAAUGAUGAAAAGGAGAAGAUGUACCUAGUUAUGGAAUUUUGUGUGUGUGGAUUACAGGAUAUGUUGGGAAGCACACCUCUUAAGAAGCUUCCAAUUUGGCAAGCACAUGACUAUUUCUGUCAGUUAUUGGAUGGUUUAGAAUACCUCUACAGUAAAGGAAUAGUACACAAAGAUAUAAAACCAGGGAAUUUAUUAUUAGCUUUAGAUGGUACCUUGAAAAUCAGUGAUUUUGGAGUUGCUGAGGCAUUAGAUAUGUUUUCUGAAGAUGAUACAUGUAAGAUGGGACAAGGAUCACCAGCAUUUCAGCCUCCUGAAAUUGCAAAUGGCUGUGAAACAUUUUCUGGUUUUAAAGUAGAUAUAUGGAGCAGUGGAGUUACAUUGUACAAUAUAACUACAGGUCAAUAUCCUUUUCAAGGCGAUAAUAUUUAUAAAUUAUAUGAAAAUAUAGGAAAAGGUGAAUAUUCUAUUCCUGAAGAAGUAGAAGAACCUCUAAAAUCUCUAAUACAAGGAAUGUUGCAAAAAGAUGCAGAUAAAAGAUUUACUUUGCAACAAGUUAAAAAACAUCCAUGGACUAUAUGCAGGCAUCCUAGAACACAAGAAGAAGUGCCUAUACCUCCUCUUAAAGGACAUAAAUGGCACAGUAUGACUGUACUACCGUACCUGAUGGAGUAUCAUUACGGAGGUGACGAUAAUCCUACGUAUUAUACCGAACAUCAGUUGAAUGAAGAAAAACGGCUUCAAGAAAUAGACAAAAUCAGUGAAGACCAAAAAGCCACUUGGAAUAGUCAUAACAGCAAACCAAAUUCACAUCAGAGUAAACGGAGAUGGCGUAAACCAAUUUCAUGUAUUAACGUUAAGAAAUUUCCAUCUUGUAAGCCAUCGUGAUUUGACUCAUUGUCAUGCUUAUUUUUUAUUAUAUAUUUUCCUGACUAUGUCAGAUACAAAGUUUCUCUACAAUGGAGAUGACUGAAAAUUUGAUAAAUGCUGAAAUAUGCUGGGAUAACUAUCCAGCUACAGCUCGAAUUGAAUAUGAAAUUUGAACUAUUUGAAAAAUAUUAAAUGUAAACAUUUGUGAUAUUAAUAUUAAAUAGUCAUAGUAGAUAAUUCAUUAUGAUCUAUUAAUUAUGAGGUUAAUGACUCAACAUUCAAAUAAAGUGAUUUUCUUUCAUGUGCCAUAAUGAAGUUACAAUUAUUAAGGGUAAACGUUUUUUGUACAAUCUUUUCUCUUUUUUUAAAUUAAUUUAAAUCAUAAAAAGAUAUAAAAAGUAACACUGAUAAAAUAAUAAAAUUAUUUUUAAUAUUCUUUCUACAAUCAUCAUUUUACUGUUGCUCUAUCACUCUUUCACUUUAUAAAUUAAAAAAAAAGCAUGUUACAUUGAACAAAAUAUAUGUGAGCUUUUUUACUAACUUUGACAUAUUAUAAGAGUUUGUACUCAUUUUUAUCUUUUCAGUAGAAAGCAGUUUUGUUUAUUAAAAUUUAUUUAUAUAAUGUAUUAACAAACUAUUUGUAAUAUAGAAACUUUAUGAUCGAUGUUAUAAUGGAGGAUAAAAUUAUUCGAACAUAAAAAGAAAAUGUUUGGUGCUGAUUAAUAUCAAACUGGUCACAAAUAUUGUUUCAAAUUGACAUUAAAGCUUUCCUCCAGUAUAUAUGUUUAUGUUAAAAAUAUUUUAUAUAUAAUUGUUAUUUAGAAAAUAUCUGUGUUUGUAGACUGCGUAUGUAUUAUAGUAUUAUCAUCGUGAGAUAACUUGUAAAACACUUAAUGCAAUUCUUGUAACAUGACUUAAUACAAAACAUCGAUUCUUCUAUAAUACAGGAAUAUUGAGGAUUGUUUAUAACUUAUAAUAGGUAUUAUCAAAGCGUACUUGAGUAUCAUUAAGAAUAUUGUUGAUUUAUAUGUUUACUUUUAAAUUUUGUAGUAAAUAUUCUAUAUUCAUGCUUUAAUAUUACACCAAGGAAUAUUAUAAACUUCGUGUGUAUUAAAUUUUUGUACAGGAAUUCAUUACACAAGUAUAUUUCAAGUACGAAUUGUAAAUGUACCAAUUGAAAAAUGUACAACCAGUUCAGAGUAUAGAUAUAUUACGUAUCUAAUACGCUUCCACAACACAAUUAUUUAUUCACGAAAAAAAAUAUUAACAGAAGUUUUAUUGCAGGAAUGAGAAAUUUUCUUUUUAAAAUAUGCGAAAAUCAGCGAUAUCGAUAUCGAUAUUAUUUCAAAUUGCUUAUUUCGCCUACGUAAUUUAUACAGAAAUAAAAUCAUAAUGAAAUGUUAUAACAUCACUAUCAUGUGAAUUUAAAGUUGUAGAGAAGAUGAAUAUAAAUUGUUCUCUUUCUCUUUCCUUAAUGGAAUUAAGGUGCCUAAAUACUGCCAAGUACUGAAAGCACAUGGAAAAUAAUUAUACUUUUUAUGAUUGUACAUAUUAUAAUAAACAACAAAGAAUUAUAAUUAUAUUUAGUUACAUGAACAAAAUAAUGAUAAUUAUGAAAUAGAAAUUUAUAUCAAAUUUAUGUGUUUAAUCUUGUUUUUUAUCUAAAAAUUUUUUACUGUAAAAUUUAUUGUACAUGUUAUUUUGCAAAAAGUAUGGGAUAUUAAAUAAGAAGUAUAUGAUAAUAACUUUGUGGGAAAAUAGGGAAUGAUCGUUGAUAACGUCGAAUUUAUAUAUUGCUUUGUUAAUUACAUUUAAUUGAAUACUUUGUUACUUUACUUAUAUUUUUCAAUUUAAAAAUGUGCAAAAUAAAAUUAACAAAACUGGUAGUAAAUUUAACAAAAAAAAAGAACAUAUACAUUAAAAUAUAUGCGUACUAUUUUUAUAUACUAAUAGUACAUUAUGUUUCCCAAUAUUUCUUUUUAAUUGUAAACUUUUCUUAAAAAACUAAAGAAAGUAUUAAAAUUAAUAUAAUGAUCUUUAUAACUUAUUUACUCAUCAUACUGUAAUAAAAUUUGAAACAUUUGAAAAAACUGAUCAGUAUAAAACUUAAAAAUUAUUGCAUAAUAUAAUUAAUUUGUAAUUUUAAAUUGCAAUAUAAUUGUAUUUGUAUAAAAACUAUGAAAAAAUCAAGCAAGCAACAUUAUUAUUAUAUUUCAUUUUUUAUGUACACAUUAAAGGUAAAUUUUAGAAGAUAAUAACAUUUUUUUAUCUCUAUACUCUAAUAGAUUUUAUUUAACUGUUACACAUAUUACAUAUAGUGUCAUAAAUUUAUUAUUACAAUAUAUUAACACAGAUUUAUAUUAUAUAUCUAUCAAGCAAAACAAUACAUUUGAUAUUGAUAUACAGAUUUUUUUGUAAACAAUUUAUUAAACUGUAUAUACAUAUAUCAAAUUAAAUGAAAUUAUUCAGUAAUGCAUUUACAAUAUACAGAUAAAAUUCUCUAUAAAACAUAUUAUUUAAAUAACACAAAAUAAAUUACUUAUUUUUCAGAUUUAUAUAUUACUUUAUCUGAAAUCAAACUAGUUUUCAUUUAGGAGGUAUACUUAUUAAUUGUAUAUAAUGCAAAUAUUUGCAUAUAAAUAAUUCCUGGAAUGGUUUUAUUUACCUCUAAGAGGCAUUAAUUUAUAGAUUCUAGAACAUCAAUGAUAACACAUACAUAUGUUUACAACUAGAAUUACAAUAAACUUUAAAAUAGUAAUAAAUACACAGAUUGUUGUAUAGAUGCACAUUACGUACAAAUGGAGACAUAAAAAUAUAUAUUUAUAGUACAUGUAAUAAAUUUUGCUAAUAAAUAAAUAAUUACACGUAUUACUAUGACAAUUGUUAGAAAAACAAUUGCACGAAAUAAAUAUCUACUUUAUGAUGGAAUAUAACAAAUUAAAAUUGAAGGAAGCAUUUCUGUGUUUUUUGCAAAAAUAUACACAAAUUUCAUUUUUAUACAAAUAUAAUAAAUAACGUAAACAGUAAGAAUUUCUAUAAGUAAUUUCAAAUUUUAUACAAUAAUCUAUUACGAAUAUUUAAUUUUAUCUAACGGAAAAUUUUAUUCCUUUUGACUAUUAUAUUUUCAUUUUUUUACAUUUUAUAUUUUACAUCUUUUUAAAUUAGGGAAAUUACUUUGAAAGAUAAAUUAUUAUCAAAUAAGCACGUAGAAAAACUAUAAUUAACAAAUUAUAAAUACUAUAUAUUUAACAGAAUCAUUUUAAAAAAAUAAUAGAAAACAUAAUUUUUAUAUAAAUAUUUAGAAAUAAUUAAAAUGUAUUACUUAAUUAAUAAUUUUUAUGAUAUAUAAAUACCUCGCACAAUUGUACCUGAUUUUCUUGAACUGAUAUAGAUUUAAUAUAUGUAAAUGCAAAUUCUUUUGUCACGUACGUAUUAUAUGUUAUUCCAUACGUGUUAUAUAUUGUUUCGUACAUGAUAUCUAAUUCAUUUCUACACAAAUAAUUACAACUUUAUAUACUUAUUAUUCCAAUCCACCUUCUUCUUCUAAUUUCGAUAGGAAUUUCACAACUCUAUAGUUUGGUUCCACUUGACGUGCCAUGUCUAUUAGACAUAGCAACUUCUUUAUACCAAUGAAUACUCUGAAAAAAAAUUAUGCUUUUGAUAUUUGUAUGUUUAAAACAGAAAUUGAUAUUAUUAAUUUAGAAUAAAGACAUACCGUUUUCCCUGAAGUUUGCCAUGCAAAGAUACCAGUUCAUCUUUACUAAAUAGAUCCAUUUCCUCUAAAACACUUAGGAGAUGAUCAGGAGUUGAUAAGUUAGGUACAUGAAGAGUUGUACUAAAUGCUGAUAACAUUUCCAUGUCAUCCAAAACUUGUCUAAA